AUGCCUAGAGAUCCAUUGAUUGGUAUUGUGGGUAAGCCAUCUUCGGGAAAAUCCACCACAUUAAAUUCUUUGACGGAUGCAGGUGCGGCAGUAGGAGCGUUUCCCUUCACCACGAUCGAGCCAAACCAAGCCACCGGCUACUUGCAAGUUGACUGUGCCUGCUCCAGAUUUGGCAAGGAAGAUCUUUGUAAACCUAAUUACGGAUGGUGUAGCAAGGGUAAGAGGCAUAUCCCCAUUAAACUAUUGGACGUGGCAGGGCUUGUGCCCGGAGCGCAUUCAGGCAGAGGACUUGGAAAUAAAUUCUUGGAUGAUUUAAGACACGCAGAUGCUCUUAUCCACGUGGUUGACGUUAGUGGGACUACAGAUGCGGAGGGGAAGAACACAAGAGGCUACGAUCCAUUGAAUGAUAUAGAAUGGUUACAAGAUGAAAUCAGGCUUUGGGUUGAGGGGAACCUGAAGAAAAGAUGGGGGUCCAUUGUGCGUAAACAUACAGCAACAAAAUCCAGCAUAGUGGACACGCUGCAAGCGCAAUUCGGUGGGUACGGUUCACAUGCGCCCAUGAUCCAAAAAGCACUGGACAGGUUGAAGGGAUUACCACCUUUGGAAAAAUGGGAUGACGAAUGGAUCACUCGAGUGGUCAAGUCCUUUAUGGUGGAAAAAUUUCCCACCGUGUUGGCGCUCAAUAAGAUUGACCACCCAGACGCCGAUAAGAAUGUUUCUAAAAUCAUGCUAAAGUAUCCUGACACCAAAGCUGUACUGACCAGCGCAGUGACGGAAGUUUUUUUGAGGAAAUUGAAGAAGCAAGGUUUCAUAUUAUACGAGGAAGGAACGGAGUUCGUUGACACAUAUGAGGACGAACCAGAAAAACUAAAGCCGCUGGACGACAAGAUCCUUAACAGAAUCGAAAAUAUCAGAGAUCUGGUUUUGUAUAGAUUCGGAUCCACGGGUGUCGUCCAGGUUCUGCAAGCAGCCACAGACAUCCUUGGUCUGAUACCGGUGUAUACUGUGAAGAACAUCCAGACUUUUACGGGUGGCAACGGAACCAACGUCUUUAGAGAUUGCUUUUUGGUUAAGCGAGGAACGCCUGUCGGUAAAGUUGCCAGGUACAUCAUGGGUGGCGAGGUAACUAUUGCAAGCAUCGAAACCGUUGGCGGCGUGAGAGUCAGUGAAGAAAGUUUUGUUGAGCCCGACAAAAAUGACAUACUCGGGUUCAAGAUCGCUCCAAGAUCAGCAUAA